AUGGUUAACGUGUGCGUCAAUGAAGCGAUGGAUCGAGCCCGACGACCGCUCCAAGUAAUCGUAGAUAUUAAUGACGAAGAUAUAAUAUUCUCAUCACGACCAACGGAUAAGGAAGGUAUGGAAGAGUUUCCACAACCACUCUCGGAGAACGAAGUCCCGAGUACAUCGAAGAAGGACGUGCAGAACAGCAUCGCGGAAGACUUGACUCAACAGCGUAUUAAUGAGCAGGAACAUGUGGAGAGCCAGAUAAACGACGAGAAAAACGGUUGUCGAGCCGAACAUUCGAACGAACCUCAGAAGAACGAAACAGUGGAAUCGGAAAGCGAAUCAAUGGCCACGACAAUCCCGUUUGGGCAAGAAUGCGAUGAUACACAGAGCUACGAAGAGGCAGAUAAUGAAACGCAGUCUAAACUAAAUAAUAAUUGCCAGGUGGAACAACCAACUACCAACCAAGCUCCGAUAGAAAACCUGGUGGGCGCUGAACAUUUCAAGCCAAUAUGGCAGGAUGAGAGAAACCAAGAUAGAACAACAACCAAGAAAGCAACACCCACGGGAAUGCGGGGAAAAGUGGCGAUGACAGAGCAACGCGAAAUGAAAGCAUCAGUUACCACGGAUGAAAGCCACCGACGAAUUUGCGUCAAAUUCCGUCAAGAAAGUAGCAAAUGGAUAACAGUGCAGGGUGUGAGUCAAAGGAAAGCAGCUCGCACUGCACAAAUGGUCAACCAAGACAUCCUCGAAGAAGAGGAGGAGGAAAAGAAGGAACGUCGAGCGUCAAAGCGUAAACCUCGGGAGAAAAAACAGCAGGUAACUGCUAAAGCUGCCAUACCGACGAAGGGCGCCCGCAAAGACGUUGGGAAAAUUAAUCCUAAGGUCAUCAUCACUAGAUUGGACGACGGCCGCAUCAUCGAGGAGCGGGUGGACGACGAGGGUACGGAAGCCAGGACUGGAGAUCACGACAGUGAUGCAAAAAAGUCUCAGCCAGCCAUCAUGCCGAAUCCGGCAAUCUAG